AUGGACAGGAAAAAGCCUAAAAUACCACCUUCAUCAUAUUUAAUAUUUUGUAAUGCUGAACGGGAAAACGUAAGGCACCUUCUACUGGAGAAGUCUGAAAACAAGGCAACGGAACUGAGCAACAAAUGGAAAAACUUACCUGAGGAGGAGAGGAAGUUCUAUGAUGAGCAGUCACAACUUCUGAAAAUAAAAUAUAACGAAGAACUUCUAGAAUGGCAAAAAUCUGGAAAUGCAGACGCAUUAGGAGAUAUCUAUCUAAAUAGUACAUCUAAAUUUCCACUUGUAAAAAUCCAGAAGAUUAUGCAUUUAAAUAGCAACUGCAGAAAGAUAAACAAUGAGGCCACUAAUGUUCUCCAAAAGGCUAUGAUAAUGUUCUUAAUUGAACUAAUGAACAAAACCAUUGAAUAUAAAAAUGAAAAGAAUACCUCAAGAUAUGUAACAUCGCUUGAUAUAAUAUGGUGCAUAAAAAGAGAAGGCAUAAAAUAUAAAUUUCUUGAAGAUUGCUUAUAUCUACUGAAGGAUCAAAGCACAAGUGCAUUUUUCGUUGAGGAAGAAGAAAAUGACGAAUCCUUAUUUGAUUUAUGCGAAGAAGACAAGAAAGAAUACAAUUACGACGUUGAAGAAAAGCAACUAAGCAAGAUGAAAAAAAAAGCACAAGUAAAUAGGGGUCGUGAAAAAAUUGGGGAAAAUAAAAAUAUAUAUGCUGACAUAACAACAUAUUUUAAAAAGAUAUAA